UACAGCUCGAUAGUUGCGCAGUUAAUCGAACUCACCUGCAAAUGCAUUUUCCAAUGAGAAUAUAAACAUAACGAAAAAAACUACAAAUUGUUUAUUAAAAAGUGCAUUAAAUUGUUAAUUGUAAAUAAGAGUUAUUAAAAGUUACUAAAAUGGCCUUUUUGUGUCCAGUGCGCAUGCGUCGCGAUAAAAAGAAAGCCACAAAUGCCAACAUCGAGAGAGAUCUGGCGCCUGUGGGCAUGGGACGCAUUACAGGCUCCUCCAGCAUAGAAACACUGGUGCGUGUGGGCAUUGAGAAGGAGCAUGGAUUGAGCCCCGAUUCCAAAAUGGUUGUGCUGCAUGAUUUUACUCCCUGUGUGGAUGACGAACUGGAAGUGAAGCGUGGCCAACUGGUUAACAUAUUAUAUCGCGAAAACGAUUGGGUUUAUGUCAUUGGGCAGGAUUCACGCCAAGAGGGUUUCAUACCCUUCUCCUACUGUGCUCCGUACAACACACAGCUGGCGGAGUUGGCCAUCAAAAAGAAACUGCCACGCGAACAGUGUCCCGAGCAGCCACACGAUGAGAAUCAACCAUUGUUGGCUGGUGGUGUUGGUGUGGACAAUAAACUGGAUGUGCUCUGCGAUGAACCCAUCACAGUGGUUGCCACUGCACCAGGCACAAAUCUAGAGAACAAUCUGCUGGUGGCCGAGUGCACGGCAUUUAUUAAGGAGCCAUCGGGUCGUUGCAUUGUGCUCUACACGUUUAUUGCACGCGACGAGAACGAUUUGUCGGUGGAACGUGGCGAAUUUGUCACUGUGUUGAAUCGCGAGGAUCCCGAUUGGUUUUGGAUCAUGCGCAGCGAUGGUCAGGAAGGGUUCGUGCCAGCCAAUUUCAUCUAUCCCGCCGACAGUGUGCGUGUGCUGCAGCAGCAGAAGGCAACGCCCGCAGCGGCGCCUUUAAACGAAAGCAACAUGCAACAUCAUGCCACACUAACAGGUGGCGGCCUCAAUGCCAUGGAGAGCAUACUGCAGCAACAGGCUGGACAACAGGCACAGCAACAACAGCAGCAACAACAACAGCAGCAACAACAACAGCAGCAACAACUUGGCAUUGGCACCGAUGAUUUGCGUUAUCAUGGCACAGAGUUGGUGAUGCUCUAUGAUUACAAGGCGCAGGCUCCCGAUGAUCUUUCCGUUCGUCGUGGCGAUUGGAUCUAUGCGGAUCUGAACAAUCAGACGGUUGAUGGUUGGUUGUGGGCAUAUGCACCUAAGACCCGCAAAUAUGGUUUCAUACCCAAGGCUUAUGCACGUCCGCCAGCGAUGACGAGUCUUUGAACGU